AUGGCAAAGAAGAGGAAAUCCGAUGCGACACGGCUAGAUGAGGUGGAUCGAACCAUGUACUCUACCUUCUGCAGCGCAGCCAACUCCCUUUCCCAGCUUUACACCCAGGCCAUGCACCACCAGCGCCUCUCCUUCCAGACCGGCGAACGCCACUCGUUGGAGAAACUUUAUAAUUGGAUUUUAAGGCAACAAGAAGAUGGGGCAAGAGUGACGACCGGAGAUAUAUUUGCAUAUAUUCAGAAUGAGCUUGAUUAUGGAACAGAAGAACUCCCAUCCUCCCCAAGGUUGCCAUUCCAGCAGCAACAACAGUCUCAAACUGCAAUGCAUUCUGCUCACACAGGAUUUCAAGUAUGUUCUAAUUCAUUUGGUCCUGCAACUGGUGUGCAAGAACUCUGUUCCGGGAACUCUAUUUUCUCAAAUGCUCUCUCCAGUCCUGCUAGUUGGAGCCUCCAGCACCAUCACCUGAUGCAGGGAGGUUACUAUGUAAUGCGCAAUAAUGAGAACAAUAGUUAUGAAAGCAGGGAUCCUAAUCCGCCUGGCACCAAUGACACUUCAAUGGACACGCAUGCUGAUAGCCCUGACCAUGAUUCUUCUUAUUCAGAUUGA